CUCACUCCUCGCCGGUCAAGCCAAAUUGCAGAUAUGAAGUUGAAAUUUCAAACUUCAAUCCCCUUCCCCAUCAACAAUUACAUCCAAUUUUCCACAAAAAUCAGUUCCCAUUUUCCUCCGCCGCGUCGGAAUGGGAGCUUCAUCCGCCGCCGCCGCCGCCGCCGCCGCCAUCACCUUCUUCUUAUUCUGUGCAGUAGUAAUCGUUCCCAAUCCUACCAAUUGCAGCUCGAUUUUCACCUCUUCCAUAAACCCUAAUUUCACAGCUUCUUACCUCCAAUUCAUCGACUACUCCGGCGGGUUUUUGUCUUCUCCGAACAACUCCUUCCAGGCCCGAAUAUCCAGCACAAAUCCCCAUCCGAACUCCUGCUACUUCGUAAUAAUUCACGUGAUUUCCAACACCAUUGUUUGGUCCGCCAAUCGCAACACCCCGAUCUCAACAUCCGCCGAACUCCAUUUUUCGAGCGAUGGUCUCACUCUGUACAACGAUACAGGCCACCCUAUUUGGUCAACGCCGCCUCAGAAUCUUUCUUCCGUAUCUUCCAUGAAGCUCCUGGAUUCCGGAAAUUUAGUAUUGCUCGACACCACCAACAAUACCGUGUGGGAAAGUUUCGAUUCUCCGACGGACUUAAUCGUCGCAGGCCAGAAACUGCGCCUCGGGGAAUCGCUGGUGUCUUCUGUGAGCGAUGCAGACUUAUCCGAAGGUAGCUAUCGCUUGGUUGUCGGAGAUAGUGAUGCGAUGCUGCAAUGGGGCGGGAUCGAUUACUGGAAGAUGUCGAUGGGGUUAACGGCUUUCAAGAACAGCAAUGCUGCAGUUGAGUAUAUGGUGAUGAACUCCACCGGUGUGUAUUUGAUCGGAGAUGAUGAUAAUAAUAAUAAUAAUGGUGGUGUGAUUGUGAUUCAGAUGAUGUUCAGCGAAUUUAAUGAAUCUUCUUCGGGUUUUCGUAUGGUGAAGUUGGAUCCGAAAGGGGUUUUUCGUGUUGUAAAGAUCAACAAGAUCGAUGGAUUGGUUCAAGAAUUCGCGGGCCCUGCUGAUAGCUGUCGGAUUCCGUCUAUAUGUAAGAGAUUUGGUGUUUGUACCGAUGGUGGUUCUUGUCAAUGUCCACCUGGAUUUCACUUAGGUCUAAAUGUGAGUAAUGGCGAUUGUGUCCCUUCAAAUGGUUCUUUGUCUUUGCCGAUUCCAUGUAACGGCUCAUCAUCGAACGGUACCGUUAUAAAGUAUUUGAAUCUAAGGGAGGAUUUGGAUUAUUUCUCCAAUGAUUUCACGGAUCCUUUGAUCAGUAAUGUCAGUCUUUCUUUCUGUCAGGAUCUUUGUACUCGGAACUGUUCUUGCUCGGCCGUUUUCUACGGUCAGAGAUUUGGAUCGUGCUAUGUGAUCACGGACUAUUUGGGUUCGUUUCGGAUUAAGUCGUAUGAUGCAAAUCGUUUGGGAUAUGUUAAAGCUGUUGAGGUAGGGAAUAUUCAAAGUGGCGAUUCUUCGGAGAAAAAGAAAUCUGAUUUCCCGAUUCUUAUAGUCGUUUUGCUGCCAUCGUUAGGUGUUAUAGGCAUUGCUCUUGUUGCAACUCUAUUGUGGUGGUGGUGGUGCCGAAGGCGACAUACAAGAGAUGAAGAUAUGGAUUAUCUCGUCUCGGUACCUGGUUUGCCGGUUCGGUUUGAUUACAAAGAACUUGCAAUAGCAACCAAGAAUUUCAAAACUCAGAUUGGGUCGGGCGGAUUCGGAACUGUAUACAAAGGGACUCUGCUCGAUGGAACCGAUAUUGCAGUGAAAGAGAUCACUUGCUUGGGUCCACAAGGCAAAAGGGAGUUCCUAACCGAGAUUGCAGUCAUCGGCAAGAUUCACCACGUCAAUUUGGUCCGACUAAAGGGCUUUUGUGUGCACCGAGGGCAGAGAUUCUUGGUCUACGAGUACAUGAACCGAGGGUCGUUGGAUCGCUCUCUUUUCGACAGUGGUGGUGGAUCCGUUUUGGAAUGGAAGGAGAGAUGCGAGAUUGCGCUCGGGGCGGCGAGAGGGCUAGCGUACCUUCACAUCGGAUGCGACCACAAGAUUGUCCACUGCGACGUCAAGCCGGAGAACAUCCUCCUCCACGGCGGCAACACGGCGGUGAAGAUCUCCGAUUUCGGGCUGGCGAAGCUCCUUACCCCCGAGCAGUCGGGGUGGUUCACCACCAUGCGCGGCACUCGCGGUUAUCUCGCGCCGGAGUGGCUGACGAAGUCGGCUGUUUCGGAGAAAACGGACGUGUAUAGCUACGGAAUGAUGCUUCUUGAAAUCAUAAGCGGGAAGAAAAACUACUCGGUGCAAAUGGAGGGCCACGAUCGAUCGGGGGAUGGCGCGGACGAGGAGAAGCGUUGGAUCUACUUCCCACUGUUUGUGUUGGAGAUGCACGAGCAAGGGCGAUACUUGGAGGUGGUGGACCCGAGAUUGGGGGGUGGGGUAGGGGCGGAGGAGGUGGAGAAGAUGGUGAGGGUGGCGUUGUGCUGCGUGCAAGGGGAGCCGAGUUUGAGGCCUACGAUGUCGAAUGUUGUGGGGAUGCUGGAAGGAUGGUUGGCUUUGGGGGAACCGAGGAUCGAGUCUCUCGAUUUUUUGAGGUUUUAUGGCCCGGGAAAGGAGGGCGGUGAGGAGAAUGACAAGGGGGCCAUCUUGUGCAGACAACAACCUCGGACUAGUUCGUACGACUCUUCCUCUUGCAUGUCAUCAUCUACUCAACAAGUCUCUCUUGUCCAACACAAUAGUGUAUAAAAUAGAAUAGCAUACUCCCUUGUAUAAAGUCGAUAAUAGCAUUUUG